AUGGCGACGGUGGACGGCUCGGAAACAAUGGUCGCGACGCUCGUCGGCGAAGUCAAGCGACACGAGCUAGAUGCUACCGACGCCAUCCGCGAGGUCAAGCACACUGGGGCUGCGUCCCAAGGCAUCAUGUACCUGGCGACGGCGUACGAGUGGCCGCUGGUCAAGCUCAAUAUGCGCCCUCAGCCGACGGACGACCGCUUUCCACCGUUUGUAAUUGCGCUGGAGCACUCGAGCCCUGUCUCCCCGUCUGGCCCCAUCUCUGUCACCACGCUCAAGGAACUCAUCCGGCCGAGCAAACCGAGGCACGAUGAUGCUGGCGACUACGAUUUCAAACUGCCGACCGUUCAACUCAUCUGGUCGACUCUCGUGACAGCAGUUGAAGUUGCUGCGGAUUUGCCAUUCGGAAAGCCUCUUGAGCGCUUGUGGCGGAUCCGGACCGCGUGGAGACGCAUCGACACCCAGGCCGAGGACAGUGGUCCCCACGGCGGCGGCAUGCCGGACCCCCAACAACUUGGCGCUGCGGCCACAGAGGAACCACAGAGCGACAACCCCCAGUUCCGAGACCCGUCCCUUACGCAGCUUCCUCCCUCCCCCCACUCGUCGCCACCACGCCUGGGCCAGCGUUCACAACAUCACGCCUCAAAGGAGGUUGUCAGCGAGGACGCAAGUGUCCACCCCCCGACCCCGUCCCACUCCUGCCACUCGCUGCGUGCUCCCAAGAACCCGGCCUGUUCCUCCGACUUGGAGAAGACCAUUCAGUCCUGGCGAUCAGCAACUUUGCCCGGCUCCUCUCCGGCCCCUGACGCGGGCGCUGGCGAGGUAGUGGGUGUACCCGACGAGCCAUGGGAGAGCGAUGCUGCGUUCGCUCCGGAUAGGGAAGUGUACGUGGUCCUCAUUCCGGCCGACGCCAUGACCACCCUGAUCCGCCUUCGUGCCGGCCGGUAG